CUGAUUUGUUUUCUCCACAGAGGCUGUGGGACAAAAUUCUGGUAACAGACACAGCUUUUGCUAACACAGAGGAUUACUACGAGCUGUUAAACAAGGAAGAGGAGGAAGUUUAAUACAAGAAACUUAUACAGGACAGAGACUGCUCCAAUCCCUCCAAAACUGACCAGGCAUAUAUUUAAGCACAGAAGUCCCCACUGGAUGUCUGUUCUGUUCAAGAAUGAAUUAAAUCUUUUGCUCAUGAAAAAGAUCCUCCCAACAUAUCAGAAUGUCUAGUCAGUUCAAGAGAGAAUGACUGUGUGCUUCCUGAGACCAAUGCCAUCUCAUCAAUAUCUCCCAGACAGAGCAGCAACAUAAACAGGAAUGAAGGAAGAAGAGACAAUAUGAAUGACACUGAGAAAAGAAAGAGGGAUGAAGCUCUCCAUAUAACAGUCUUGGAUGCGUCAGAAAACCAAGGCUCCACUUUAGGCAAAGCAGAGAUUAAGAUAACCCCUGAUAGAGUCCUACAUCAGGAAAGCAAUAGUUCCCCAUUGCAAGAGCUAUCAAGUAACCAUAGCAUAGAGUCAAAAGUUGGAGUAGGAGAGGCACUCAAGAAAAGAAGACUUGAGACAAAAAAAGAAAUGAAUGAUGACAACACAGAUAAUGUUGUUGAGACAGAGAUAAUGACAGCUUCCUUGAUACAAGAAAAAGAUCCUUCCUAUUUCACUGCUGUCAUUACACCCACAGCCCAAAUUCACAUAUUGCCUGUCCCAGAAACAAAGAUCCAGAGCAUGAUUUCAGAGAGCUUGGUUAGAGAUACCCCAAAACAAAAAUCAGCUAAAAGUAAAGGACCACCUCCACCUGUUCCGAAGAAGCCAAAAAAUCCUUUUGCUAAAGAUGUUGCAUAUGCAAUAGACAAGCAUCGGCCAUAUUCUGAUCUUCUACAGAAAAACAUCAAAAUGGGAAGAAGAGAGUCAGCAUUACAAUAUGUCACUGAGGACUUUGACAAGUCCCUUCCAGAUCUAGACAUGUUGUCUUUUUGUCCAGGCACAUUAGGCUCACCUUCCUACAUGUGCAUAGCAGGAGGUUUUGACCCUGGUUUUCAGCCUGAAGUAUAUGCUCCUACAAUUGAUUCAGAUUUAGGUGGUGAAGACAUGGACCUCUGGACAAAAAUAGUGGACAUUAUCCCUGAACCAGAAGAGUUGGACAUAUCUCAGAUAAGACAUAUAUUAGAAAAAAAGGCAAAAAUGAAAGGCCCUCCACCACCAAUACCAAAAAAGCCACCAAAUCCAUUCAUUGCCAUUGAGAGAAAUAUCUUACCAGUAAAUGUUUCAAUUUCAAAAGACACAUCAGGCAUUUUAACAGAUGAAAGUUGUAGCUACAAACCAUAUAUACACAGAACUGUCCAUGAGGAGGAACCAAAAACUAUUUUUGCUACAGACAGAGGCAAUUUUCUAGUUACUCAUAGUAACACAAAUACUUUGAAAAGGACACAACAAAGCAGCAGAGUCAAUGUUGGAAGCCAGUGUAAUAAAGUAUUGGAAAUUAUGUCAAAAAAUGUAUUUGAUGUCAAGAAACCUUUUUCAUGUCAAAUGGAGAGGAGACUAUCACCAAAGAAAGAGAUGAUCAGGCGUGUGGUUCGGCAAAGCAAGUUCCGGCAUGUUUUUGGGCAGGCGGUGAAAAAUGAUCAGUGCUAUGAUGACAUCAGGGUGUCAAGGGUCACCUGGGACAGUACCUUCUGUGCGGUCAAUCCCAAAUUUCUUGCCAUUAUUGUGGAGGCCAGCGGAGGUGGAUCCUUUAUUGUUCUCCCUCUUCAGAAGACAGGUCGUAUUGAUAAGACCUACCCAACUGUCUGUGGACACACAGCCCCUGUACUGGAUAUCAAUUGGUGCCCUCACAAUGAUCAUGUCAUUGCCAGCGGGUCUGAAGAUUGUACGAUAAUGGUGUGGCAGAUCCCAGAGAAUGGACUCACUGCUCCACUCUCAGAGCCCAUGGUAGUGUUAGAGGGGCACUCCAAGCGGGUUGGCAUCGUGUCAUGGCACCCCACAGUCCAUAAUGUCCUCCUCAGUGCUGGAUGUGAUAACGUGAUUUUGAUCUGGAACGUGGGCACUGGUGAGACCCUCAUCACCCUGGAUGACCUGCACCCAGACAUGAUCUUCAGCGUCUGCUGGAACCACAAUGGCAGCCUCAUCUGCACCACAUGCAAGGACAAGAAAGUGCGCGUCAUUGACCCACGCAAGGCCAAGAUCACUGCAGAGAAGGAUAAAGCUCAUGAGGGUGCACGGCCCAUGAGGGCCAUUUUUCUUGCUGAUGGCAACAUCUUCACCACUGGCUUUAGCCGCAUGAGUGAGAGACAACUGGCCUUAUGGAACUCGAAAAACAUGGAUGAGCCAAUUUCAGUACAUGAGAUGGACACCAGCAAUGGAGUGCUACUUCCAUUCCAUGACCCGGACACAAACAUUGUCUACCUCUGUGGAAAGGGGGACAGCAGCAUCCACUACUUUGAGAUCACAGAUGAAGCACCGUACGUUCAUUACCUUAAUACCUUCUCCAGCAAAGAACCACAGAGGGGCAUGGGCUACAUGCCCAAAAGGGGCCUAGAUGUUAAUAAGUGUGAGAUUGCCAGGUUUUAUAAACUUCAUGAGAGGAAGUGUGAGCCAAUUAUAAUGACUGUCCCAAGAAAGUCAGACCUGUUCCAGGAUGAUCUAUAUCCGGACACAGCUGGACCAGACUGGGCCUUGGAAGCAGAGGAAUGGUUUGAAGGCAAGAAUGGUGAUCCUAUCCUAAUUUCCCUCAAACAUGGCUUUGUCACUGGGAAGAACCGUGACCUCAGGGCAAUCAAAAAUAAUAUACUGGACAACAAAUCACCCAGGAAGGUGGAGGAGAUGCCAGCUCUUCAAAAGCCUGCCUCUCCUCAUCUCACUAGAAAUAAUGAAGUGAAGUUGGAGGAGCUGCUCCGAGAAGUGAAAUCACUCAGAGACCUGGUGACACUUCAGGAUAGGCGAAUCUCCAGACUCGAAGAACAGGUGGCCAAAGUGGCAAUCUGAGGUGCUGCUAAAGUUCUGAAUCACCAUGUCAGUCUCUGAAGAGAUACAUUUCAGAGGUCCAGUCACUGCCAAAAAAAAAAUCACAAUUCAAAUUUGAUCAUUCCUCUUGGUGUUUUUUCUCGUGACUACGACUUGAAGAAACAUUCCGAUAUGGGCAUUUUCAUCUUGCCUUCC